GCGCUCUGCGACGGUUUAAAGGAGUUCGAGCUGCCUAUCUCAGACAAGACCGUCCUCAUCGGCGCCACCCCCAAGGUCCGCCACUCGCUAGCCAAGAAAAUGCGACGGUCCGACAUCCCAGUUACUGCGUCCGCCACGGCCGUCGACCUCGGAAGCGACAGAGCUCAGCCACAGCUAGGUUUCGCAAGAUACACCGACUUCGGAGCACUGCACAGCAGGCCCGAAUCUCAGCUGGACUGUGGCGCACUGGCGCUCUCCCAGAAGGAGUAUUUGGGCAUCAGGUGCGCGGCCUCGCUCGGCACGCUCUACUACGAUGGCGGCGUCAGGAUCAUCAGGGCCUGGCCAAGGAUCAAGACCACCUUGCUCGCUGCAGGCCUCAAGCUGUGGUGCAAGGUCAAGGGGCCCACAGGCGCGGCCAUCGCGACUCUGCUGGAGGCCAGUUGGGAUCCGGCCUCAGCUACCACCUGGAGGCGUACAAAGGACGGCUACAUUGAGGAGUGGAACCUCCCCCCAGCCGAUGACCCUGACCUCCUUGACGCCGACAUUCGCACAGUUUUGCAGGACCUCAGCGAGGAUUUACACAAGCUCCUCUGGACCCAGGCCGCUACGCAUGCCCAUGGUGACACGCUGGCUGGAGGCGCAGACUUGGUCACUAUCCGCAUUGAACAAAGGAGGUUCCUCGCAAACGGCGACUUCAGCGACUGGGCCCUCAACAACACCAUCAUCAGCGGAGGACAGUGGACCAGAGACCGCCUCCACAACGCGGGCUAUCAGAUCGACAUGAACUGCGACCGAUGCAGCGCUGGAGUUCCUGAAACCUUGGUUCACCGAAUGUGGCAGUGCGAGGCGAAUGUGGGACCUGAGUUUGAGGCCAGUGACGAGCUACUGCCGCGUGCCGUGGCGGGGGUCGAUGCCGACCCCGCCCUGUGGCUCCGUGGCAUUCCCUCUGUCGCUCUCACCACGCCCACGUUCGAGCCAUUGACUGGGAGGGACGGGUGGGAGUUUGUUGGGGCG